GCAAAGCAUGCCGACUGUGUGUCAUUCAACAGAGGGACCAAAACCAUCGAUGAUCCGGCAACGUUCUGCACCUCCUCGUAUGUUCGUGUUGACACAGGAGAGGCAAGUAACGGAGAGGAAAGUGGCUUUGAAAUGAAAACAUUCAGCAGAGGAGUUCAACUGGAUUGCAAGCGGAUAGCGGAAAAUUACAACGCAUGCGUUAUAGUCGCUGUCGGUUUGCUUGGCUACUCUCAUCACUACUGCUCUGGUGGGGGGUUUCCUGCCUACUGCAACAAAUACCCGACAGUCGUUAGGGAUCCACUGUUUUCUACUGCUUGCAAGAACCUUGUUGUACCGUACAUCAUCGAGUCAAAUGCUGGUCAUGGAGCCCUCAGGCGCGCCAACAUGUGCGACAACAUGUACGAGAGUUAUUUAUCUUUCCUCACUGCAAGAAGAGACGAUGCAGCGAAAAAGUCUGAGGCGGCGAGACUUAGUUUAGAGUCUCUGGCAAUUGAGAAAAAUUUGACAACUGGAUUCAAGACGGGUGUCGAGUCACUGCGUCGAGACUCCGACGAGCUCGACAAAGAAUCUACUGUGACACUCAACGUUUUGAUUGCCACUGCGGAGCGAAAUGCAGGCUUCGAUUCCGAAAUCCAUACAGCACUACAAGAUCUUUCAUCUUCACUUGCUGCCGCAGUGGCUCGACUAGAGUAUCCCACAUUGAAAGAGUCCACUCAAGAGAAUAUCGAUGUUUUUGCGAGAUCUACGGGACCUGCUGCACAAGCAGCUGCAGACGCGAACAAAACACUCGUAGCCGCGCGCAAUUUGCGUGCUCUGGUGGACCACGGUGGCCACGUCGCGUAUGCAGAGUCAUACGGCUUCUACCCUCUGACACCCGCGAACAUUGAGGACCUACGCACACGUAUUAAACGUAUGCAUGAGGCCAUAAUUCCCUUCGCCCAGACAUACAUUACCGAUGUGUCGGCAUCCGAACCGCCCCCUGAGAAUGCAUUGCAAGGGUCUUUUGAGGCUGACACUAAAACCUACGCUGAUUUGGCAUCCAUGUUCAGGGAGCAGAUUUCCCUCUUAAGAAACAUACGAUGAAACUCAGACUGCAAACAAUCUUCCGUGGAAUCCAUCAGUGCUACUGCACUAGAAAAAAGAUUAAAAGAAAAGAGCGAUUGAGGCGACGGAGCAAAAGAAUGCUGAUACGAAGGCGGAUGGAACACGAGUUGCCGCGUGGCCGAGGACAAGGUAGGGGUAUCCGUGUGGAAAAGCGCCAUGGUGCUGGGAAUACGGAGAUGCCCCGGGAUGAACAAGUGGUACCUGCGAGCUUAACGUGGAACCAAACCGCCCAGUCGAUGCCUGCAUCACUCGAGAAGCUGGGCUAUCCCCGGAAGCAAGACCAGCGGCGCGACUGGCUGGGCCG